AUGAGUCUGUCUGACGGUGGAUCGAAGCUUCGUAAUCAGUCUCGUAUGCUGCAUCAAUCGCGUAUCGACCCCGCCUUUCCCCAGAGCCGCGUCGAAGAUAUCAACCAAGACAUCACCAAAGAUCUACAAUUGAGAAGUGUCCAACGUGCUCAUGCUCAAUUCUUCUCCGAGUUGGUCACCGAAUGGAUCAGCGCUGAUGAUGGAGCGAAUUCCGAAGGGAGCACUCCAGACAUGGAAUCGUCCGGUUUCGAGAACGUUGGUCGGAAAGAGAUGCACGAGCAGCGGAAAGAGUGGGAGUCUAUCGUCUUCGGGCAGAAAGACAUUGACGAGCCUGCCAUCGAUGCGUACCUGAGCAAUAUCUUCACCAGCGGCACCCAUACCAAGCAGGCCUACGAAAUGCUCCGAAGAGACACUCGUCAAUUCUCCGCCGAGUUCGCUCGCGAAGUCCUCUUUCUUGACACGUCCAUGUUGAAGGUACAAAUUAAAGGCGUCCUCGCUACCGACUUGCUCAAUGAAGAAAAGCGUGCUAUACUCAAGACUUUUCUAUCCAACGACGAGGUACUCCAAGAAGUCUGCGAUGUCCUCAACAUGCGUUUCAAAGCCCUUGCCAGCUGGGAGUGGACGACAGAGAACGGAGCUAUCGCUCUCGAGCAGCGACGACAACUCAACGGCAAAUACAGAGUCUUUAUGGACGAAGAUGUCCUCGAUGCCAUCCUAGUACACUACAUUGGUAUCAAGUGGGCUGUCCACUUCCGUCAAGUCUUCACCACGUUCUUCUCCGGCCCUGCAUGGUCUAGCCAAGCCAAGAAGAUGCCACUUGUCGACCGCCAACGCCGCGAAUGGUUCCUCGGCAAGGACUACGCCUCAGGUGGCAUCCAGGAAGUCCGCAACAAUACCUAUCUGCGUGAUUACUUUAUGACACAGCUGCCUGAGCAAGUGAACGUUGUCCCUCGCAAUGCGUACGAUGAUGACGAUGAUGACGACGAACGGAUCGCAUCGGACAAAAAGAGUCCUCUCGAGAUCAAGCAUGGAUUGUUGCAACUUGUGGUCACCGAAACUAUGGUUGCCCGCCAUUUGUAUCCUGAAGUCCAACACACCGUCAUCCGUUCUGAUUUCAAGUGGUUCGGUCCUUCUCUUCCUCACCAGUCGAUCUUCGCUGUCAUGAAGUUCUUUGGCGUUUCCGAAACAUGGCUCAACUUCUUUCGCAAAUUCCUGCACGCACCUCUUCGAUUCGCCCAAGAUGGUUCAAAUGGCAGCUAUCAGACUCGAUCUACCGGUGUGCCCAUGUCUCAUUCUCUUUCCGAUACGAUGAGUGAGGUCGUGCUCUUUGUCAUGGACUUCGCGGUCAACACAUCAACUGGGUCCAAUCUUUAUCGCCUGCAUGAUGACUUCUGGUUCUGGGGCCCUCUGGAUGUCAGUCGUACUGCUUGGCGAGAAAUGAAGGCCUUCGCUGCGACCAUGGGCAUCGAGUUCAAUGAGGAGAAGACUGGGAGUGUUGUCUUUCCUGUUGUUGGUAGCACCAAGCCUGAGGCUGCCAACAAGAGCAAGGCCGCAACCCAAGUCGUGGUUCCCAUCAUGACAUCGGGUCUCCCACAGGGCGAUAUCCGCUGGGGCUUCCUCGUCCUUGACACCACGACGGGACGCUUCAAGAUCGAUCAGUCAGAGGUGGAUAAGCACAUCGAAGAAGCCAAGUUGCAGCUGGAAGCAACAACCUCGAUCUUCAGCUACAUCCAGGCCUACAACGCCUAUGUCUCACGUUUCUUUUCCAACAAUUUUGGGAAACCAUCGCUUGCCUUCGGUCGGGAGCACGUCGACAGUAUGAUUGCAACCGUCAACCGCAUUCAUGAGGCACUCUUCCCCAACGGGCGGGUGGUCGAUCAUCUCUCGUCAGUCGCUACGAAGAAAUUUGGCGUUCCUGUCCCGCCUGAUGGGUUUUGGUAUUUUCCCGUCGUCAACGGUGGAAUGGAGCUGCACAAUCCCAUUGUUCCUCUCGUCAACAUGCGGGAAAGCUUCAAAUUGUCUCCCGGAGACUUCCUGGUUCGAGCGGAUAGAAUGGAUGAACAAAAUUAUGUUGAGCAGGAGACCCGCUACAACAAAAGAGGCAGAGGUUAUGGUGUCGACUCUCACUCGUAUAGUCUGAAGAGCACUCUGAACAUGUCGGGUAACGAGCCGUUCAUGUCUCGGGCAGAGUUCCUCAAGCACCGCGAGCAGACAUCCUACAACUUGACGAUUGCUUACAGAGAUCUACUGAAGGUUCCGGAGGAGGUGGCCAUGGAGAAGACUGACGAUAUCGCUGCCAUGCUUGCUACUGCUGAUACUGGGAAGCGGGCGAUCAGCAGUGAUUGGUACUCUAUGAAUGCUUACUGGAAGUGGGUUGUGUGUGUUCAUGGCAAGGAUAUCGUUGAGAGAUACGGCAAGCUUCAACUGGUCGACGCCGCCCAGGUCCCACUUGGCGUGGUCAGUGUCAUGAAGUCGAGCAAGGUCCGUUGGCAGGGAUAG